AUGGCAGCCGUUCACCGCAAACCGUUGCCGCUGCAUCAGCAGCCGCACCAUCAAGCAGCAGCGCAACUGCACCCUCAAUACACCCAGGAGUCACUGCACUCCCGCACGAGAACCAAUUCGUCAAGCGUGAUGCCCUACAGCGUGUCUCCAGCCUACAGCAUGACCACAUCAUCGCAGCAACCGUCCCCACAGCCCAUGUACCAAGAUUCGCGCAGAACCAUGUCGAAUGCCACUUCCUCCACAUCCUCCACCAACCCCAAUGCCAACCGCGCAUCGACAUACAGCACCGGUACCGCCAGCGGAGUGCCGCGGCGGUCGACCUCGUCACGAUCCAACYCUUCAAUCCCGCCCACCUCAUACGUCGCCUUGAUGCGGAAGCAGAAGGCGACGGUAUGGUGUGACCGUGCUCAACACGAAGACCCGCGCAUCCUCACAGCUCAACGCCAAGCCAAGAUGCGCGCUGCGGCCGACAUUGCCGGUGGUGGGCACACCUACGCACAAGCCCCACGCACGAGCRCGAGCACGGGUAUGGUUGGUGGAGUAAGAUCCAAGAUCAGACAUCACGGAGCACCAAAGGCAAGUGCCUACAACGCUGCGGCAUUGGGUGGCGCGGGCGUCCCCAUGCGUCUCAGCGCGACAGAGGUGGAUGAGGGAGACAGCGAUGAGGAGUCUCGAUAUCAAACCAAGACCGGCAGUGGGAGGAACAGCAUUGGUAGUGGACGACGAGGUAACACAUAUGCCAGCUCUGGCACGCAUGCUGGAAAGAGCAAGGCCUACAGCAACGGCUCUACACCUGCCGGCGGCGGCAGUCCCGUUGACAGCAUCGGCGAAGUCGCCGAGGAUGAAACACCCAUGCCCACCAGUGAGUCCUCCACCAAGAACGACUACUUCAACCGACAAGGCGGCAAUGGAGGAAGUGGGAGCAGUGGUGAAGCAGAAGAAAAGUUCGGUGGGUUAUCUGGACUGCCGCAAGGUACAGUCACGGCAGAACAGCAAGUACAGCAACGUAAAAGCAACGCAGAUGAUCUACGACGCCGGGGAAGCGUGGACGAGCGGACAUCAACGAUGAGUGGCGUGCGACUCUUCAUUGCCAAUCCAGACUUUAGCGAUUGA